AAUCAAACGCUUAUUGACGGUUGUGUCGGCAGUGUUGAACAGCCGAAUAUGAGCCGCGACUGUAUAUCAAGAACUUCUAUCCGAACAUGGAAGUUAGAAGGGGAUGACGAGCUAGACAGUGAUAAUUAUCUUAGAAGGAGGACGAUGGUUACCGGCCUGACGAAGAAUCUUGUCUCUGGUGUAGUCCAUCAAAGAGACCCAGACGAUGAGUGCCUUUGUCAUUUUCCAGUUACUUACAGAGCCCAAUUUAGAACUACACCGAGUAGAGUCGACACCCCAUUCACAAAAAAAGAGGAAAAAGAAUCUCGUCUCAGUGAAUUCGCUGCUACUUACUUUCCUUGGCUUCACGAACAUGAGGAAAUAAUUUGCUAUAGUUGCUCAAAAAUAAAAAGUUUAAAAUUUGGUUGCCAUGAAAGGGCCGAUUCCUUAUUUAGCUCAUCCAGUGGUUUUGGUGAUUAUAGAGGAUUGCUCAAUUUAUGUAUAAUUUUAUUAGUUCUUUCAAACGCAAGAGUUGCUCUUGAAAAUUUGAUUAAAUAUGGUAUACUUAUUGAUCCUAUUGCUUGGGUAAGACACCUUGCGAAGGAUCCUUAUAGUUGGCCUUGCUUUGCCCUUAUUAUAACCACCAAUUUUUUCAUUCUUUUUUCAUUCUACUUGGAAAUUCUUUUAAGUGAUAACCGAAUUUCCGAGGAUCGAGCAAGAAAGCUAUUAAAAGCUAAUUGGCUCUUGAUAAUAUUGUACCCUGCAGUUGUUAUACUUUAUUUUCAUCCGAGUCCAGUUUUCUCUUCGAUCACACUUGCUGUUUAUACUAUCGUUUUUCUUAAAUUGAUAUCCUAUGCCGACGUUAAUAGAUGGUGUCGUCAAGAUUUGGAAACACUACAGAAAAAAUCGGGUAGAACCCGAUUUAAAUCCGUUUCAUCGCAGGGAAAUUUAAGAAAUUCAGCUGAAUUAACUGAAAAUAAUCGUGAACAUUUUCAAAAGUAUCCUGAUAAUAUCAAUUUAAAAGAUAUCUACUAUUUUCUGUUUGCACCAACUCUUUGUUACGAAUUAAACUUUCCAAGAUCGUCUCGAAUUCGAAAACGAUUUUUAAUAAAACGUAUUCUAGAAAUGCUCUUCUUGUCACAUUUAAUGCUUUGCCUUAUUCAACAAUGGAUUAUACCUACUGUUAAUAAUGCACUAAUCCCUUUCAAAAAGAUGGAAAUUAGUAAUGUCGUAGAGCGACUAUUGAAACUAGCUAUACCGAAUCACUUUAUUUGGUUGAUAUUUUUCUACUGGUUCUUUCACUCAUGUUUAAAUGUUGUUGCCGAACUAUUACAAUUUGGCGAUAGAACUUUCUAUAGAGAUUGGUGGAAUGCAGAAGAUGUUUCAUCAUUUUGGCAAAAUUGGAAUAUACCCGUACAUAAAUGGGCUUUACGCCACCUUUAUAAACCAAUGUUAUCCAAAGGAUAUAGUAAAAUGUCAGCUGGUGUUUUCGUUUUUCUGGCUUCAGCAUUUUUCCACGAGUAUCUUGUUAGUGUUCCAUUAAGAAUGUUCCGAUUGUGGGCGUUUACAGCUAUGUUGAGUCAAGUACCUUUUGCCCUUUUCGUUAAAAAAUAUCUUGAUGGAAAGUAUGGAAAUAUGGCUGUAUGGAUUACUUUAAUUAUUGGCCAACCUAUAGCAAUUCUUAUGUAUUACCACGAUUACUAUGUUACGCAUCAGCAAUGA